AUGGUUCGGUUCCCAUCAGAAGAUGGGCAUGCACCAGUGAACUCGACGGUAGUCGCCGUUGACAAAGACAAGAACAGUCACUACGCUGUUCGUUGGGCCGUCGAUCAUCUCUUUAAUCUGAUCAACAAUUCCAACAUGAUUCUUGUCCAUAUUUCAAUGAGGGAGGUUAUUCUUGAUGAUACCGACAUAGCGAAAGCAAUAAUAGAUUACGCUAACAAUAACCUAGUGAACAACAUUGUGUUGGGAUCAAUAUCUUCAAAGAACCCAUUCGCAAGAUCUCUCAAGUUCACUAAAUCCCAUGACGUUGCAGCUUCCGUUCUCAAAUCAACCCCUGAGUUUUGUUCCGUUUAUGUCAUCUCUAAAGGCAAAGUCCAGUCCUCACGUGCAGCUCAAAGAACUAUCACCAAUACCCUUGUCCCACCUCGUGCACCUACGUUUCCUCUCCCUAACCUACCUGACCCUGACCAAGACCAAAGGGGCCAGCGUAAUGGAAGAAACACAACACAAGAGAGGUAUCAUCCUCAUGAGAAUGGAUUUAAUGCUGUGAAAGAAAGGCACAAAAGUGCUGCCAAUGGUUCCUUGGACUUUAAUUAUGAUUUUAACCAACCAAUGGGUCAAAGUCAAAGGAACUUUGAUGAACCAGAUUUUGGGCCUAGGAUGAUGGGUUCCAUUGACCUAUCUGCUCAUAAUUUUGAUAUCAUUGGUGCUUCUGGUUCUUCUGAUGAAUCAGUUUCACAAUCAAAUAGAGAUGUUGAAGCUGAGAUGAGAAGGUUAAAGCUUGAACUCAAACAAACCAUGGACAUGUACAGUUCAGCCUGUAAAGAAGCACUAGAUGCAAAACAGAAGGCAAAUGAGCUUAGCAAGUGGAAACUGGAAGAAGCUCUAAGAUUUGAGGAAGCUAGGAGUGCUGAAGAGGCAGCCCGGGCUGUUGCAGAGACAGAGAAGGCCAAGUGCAAAGCUGCAAUGGAAGCAGCUGAGAAAUCUCAGAGGAUGGCAGAGUUGGAAGGACAAAGAAGGAAGCAAGCAGAGAUGAAAGCAAGAAGGGAAUCACAGGAGAAAGACCGAGCACUCAAUGCAUUGGUGCAGAACGAUGUCAGGUACAGAAGAUACUCUAUAGAAGAGAUUGAAGAGGCUACUGAUAGAUUUGAAAGCAACAGACUAAUAGGAGAAGGUGGAUAUGGACCAGUGUUUAAAGGCACACUUGAUCACACUCCUGUUGCUAUUAAAGUCUUGAGACAUGAUGCUGUCCAAGGAAAGAAACAGUUUAACCAAGAAGUUGAAGUUCUAAGCUGCAUCAGACAUCCUCACAUGGUUCUUCUCCUUGGCGCCUGUCCUGAUUACGGGUGCUUGGUGUAUGAGUUCAUGGAGAAUGGGAGCUUAGAGGAUAGACUCUUCCGUAGAGGUAACUCGCCGCCUCUUUCUUGGAGGAAAAGAUUCCAAAUAGCAGCGGAGAUCGCUACUGCACUCUCCUUCCUUCACCAAACAAAGCCAGAGCCACUUGUUCACCGUGACUUAAAACCUGCCAACAUACUCUUAGAUAGAAACUACGUGAGCAAGAUCAGUGACGUUGGAUUAGCUCGGUUAGUCCCAGCGUCAGUGGCUAAUGACGUCACGCAGUACCACAUGACAUCUGCAGCAGGAACGUUCUGUUACAUAGACCCAGAGUACCAGCAGACGGGGAAGUUAACGACGAAAUCAGAUGUGUAUUCGUUAGGGAUAAUGCUGCUUCAGAUUAUAACUGCCAAGACUCCAAUGGGUUUGGCUCAUCUUGUGUCGAGGGCGAUUAGUAAAGGGACUUUUAAGGAUGUACUUGACCCGGUGGUGACUGAUUGGCCUGUGGAAGAAGCUAUAACUUUUGCUAAGCUGUGUCUGAAAUGUGCAGAGCUAAGGAAGAAAGAUAGACCAGAUCUUGGGAAGGACAUAGUUCCAGAGCUUGUUCGGUUAAGAAACUUUGGUAUGGACAAUGAGUCAUUAUGA